AACUCGCGCAUGCGCCUCUGUGCGCUUUCCCCACGCUGGUUCCGUGUCCUCUCCGUGCAGCUCCUCCGCCUGGCCCUGAUUUCUAGUUUCUGGGGUCUCUGUGCUGUUGCCACUGCGAUGGGCAAACUUGCAGAGCACCGGGGUUCAGGAGAGCGACCCGACCCGGUGCGGAGUUUUAAUCGCUGGAAGAAAAAACACAGCCAUAGGCAGAACCAGAAGAAGCAGUUGAGGAAGAAGCUGAAGAAGCCCGAGUGGCAGGUCGAGCGCGAGGGUAUCAGCCGCCUAAUUCAGAACUACGAGAAGAUAAAUGUAAAUGAGAUUACGAGAUUUUCAGAUUUCCCCUUGUCCAAGAAAACAUUGAAAGGUUUGCAGGAAGCCCAGUACCGUUUGGUAACUGAGAUACAGAAGCAGACUAUUGGAUUGGCUUUGCAAGGUAAAGAUGUACUUGGAGCUGCCAAGACUGGAUCUGGCAAGACUUUGGCUUUCCUGGUUCCAGUGCUGGAAGCCUUAUAUCGUCUGCAGUGGACUUCCACAGAUGGUCUGGGGGUUCUGAUAAUUUCACCUACGAGAGAACUGGCUUAUCAGACCUUUGAGGUUCUCCGGAAAGUGGGGAAGAAUCAUGACUUUUCAGCUGGCCUCAUCAUUGGUGGAAAGGAUCUGAAACAUGAAGCUGAGAGAAUCAACAACAUAAAUAUACUCGUUUGCACACCAGGUCGGCUUCUUCAACACAUGGAUGAAACAAUAUGUUUUCACGCCACCAAUCUCCAAAUGUUAGUUCUUGAUGAAGCAGAUAGAAUCUUGGAUAUGGGCUUUGCUGAUACCAUGAAUGCUAUUAUUGAAAAUCUUCCCAAGAAACGUCAGACUUUACUUUUCUCAGCAACACAAACAAAAUCUGUAAAGGACCUUGCACGCUUGAGUUUGAAAAACCCUGAGUAUGUCUGGGUUCAUGAAAAAGCAAAAUACAGCACUCCUGCCACUUUGGAACAGAACUAUAUAGUGUGUGAGCUGCAGCAAAAAAUAAGUGUAUUAUAUUCCUUUUUGAGAAGCCAUCUGAAGAAGAAGAGUAUUGUGUUUUUCUCCAGUUGCAAAGAGGUUCAGUAUCUAUUCCGAGUGUUCUGUCGGCUGCGUCCUGGUAUCUCCAUCCUUGCCCUCCAUGGUCGACAGCAGCAGAUGAGGAGAAUGGAAGUCUAUAAUGAAUUCGUCCGCAAGAAAGCUGCGGUGCUCUUUGCUACUGAUAUUGCUGCCAGGGGCCUGGAUUUUCCAGCUGUGAAUUGGGUUCUUCAGUUUGAUUGUCCAGAGGAUGCCAACACGUAUAUUCACAGAGCAGGUAGAACAGCCAGGUAUAAGGAGGAUGGUGAAGCUUUAUUAAUUUUUGCUCCCUCAGAAGAAAAAGGGGAUGGUGCAGCAGCUACUCAGAAGAAAGUUCCUGUGAAGGAAAUCAA